GCAAUGGAUAACUAGUAUGAAAAAAACUUGGAAACAAAAAGGGGGCAACAAUAAUGUGUGAUGGUUGGACAGACGGUGUCAACAAUUCUCAUAUUAUGAAUUUUUUAGUGUAUUGUGAAAAAGGAACAGUGUUUUGGAAAUCAGUUGAUGCUUCCGAUGUUGAUAGUAGAAACACAGAGUACUACUUUCAAUUAUUGGAUAAAGUUGUGGAUGAAAUUGGCGAAGAAUGUGUUGUUCAGGUGGUUACAGACAAUGAAGCUGCACUAAAAGCAGCCGGUCACAAACUAAUGGAAAAGAGGCCACAUUUGUAUUGGUCUUCUUGUGCGGCUCAUUGUUUAGAUCUUUGCUUAGAGGAUAUAGGGAAGAAAAAAAAUAUACAAAAGUUAUUAAAUGAAGCAAAGUUGGUGACAACAUUCAUCUACAACCAUACAUAUAUUGUGAGUCUCAUGAAAAAAUAUACUGGAGGUAGAGAGAUUGUUCGUCCUGGUGUAACCCGAUUUGCAACACAAUUUCCACAACUUCAAUCAAUUGUGAAUCAGAAGGAAGGUCUGGAAAACAUGUUUCAUUCGGAAGAGUUUAGAAAAACAAAAUAUGGCAAAGAGAAGAAUGGGCCAGGAUAUGAAGUAAGGAAAAUUGUUUUGAGCAAGGAGUUUUGGAGUAAAGCCAAAGAUAUAUUGAAGGUGUACGAGCCUAUUGUUCAAGUUUUAAGACUAGUUGAUGGUGACGAGAAACCAACAAUGGGUUUCCUAUAUGAAGCCAUUGAUCGAGCAAAACAGACAAUUCAACAAAAUUCUCGUUAUCAUUCCACCUAUAAUGAUAUAAUUGACAAGCGUUGGAAAUUCAUGCAUUCUGAUCUUCAUUCUGCUGGUUAUUUUCUUAAUCCACAAUUUCAAUAUGGAGUUGAACAUGGAGAUGAUGUCUAUAAGGAAACAUUUGAAGGGACGGCUAGAGUGAUAACGAAAUUAGUAAGAAGUAUAGAUGAUCAAAUCAAAGCUCUGAAUCAGUUGACUCUUUACAAAGAAAAGAGUGAUUCAUUUGGUACACGUCUGGCUCAAGAUUCUUGGUCAAAGAUGAGGGCAGAUUCUUGGUGGGGGUAUUACGGUACAUGUGCUCCUGAACUUCAACUUGUAGCUAUAAAAGUUGUUAGUCAAACAACUUCUGCUACAAAUUGCGAGAGAAAUUGGAGUACAUUUAGUUAUAUUCACACAAAGACGAGGAAUAGAUUGAAGUAUAGAAAGUUACAUAAACUUGUCUUCACACAUUACAACAUGAAGCUGAAAAUGAGACAAGAAAUGAGGAGAAGUAAAGAAGAAAUAGAAACAUGUUUUGAUCCUAUAAAUCUUAACUAUAUAAUUCAAGAAGAUCAUUUAUCUGAAUGGAUAGAAGAGAGAGAAAAUCCAUUAUUGGAUGGAGUUCAAAAUGCAGAAUGGUUGCAUAUAGAAGAUACAGAUGAUGAGAUUGUGGAAGUUGAUGAUGAUAACAAUGGAUCAAAUGAUGGUGAUGAUGGUGGUUUAAGUCCACCAAGCGGUAACAGUGGUAAUGGGGGUGGUAAUGAAGAAGUUGGCGAAGGUGGUGGUGGUGGUGGUGGUGAUGAUGAAGAAGAUGCACUAGUAGACCAUGAUCCAUACGGUGAAACACCACCUAUUUAUAGGCGUUAUAGAAAUUUGACUGAUAUGGAUCGUUCUGAUGGUUCACUACUUAACAGUGGAGGAGAUGUGUCACAUUCUAGAUCAAGAAGAGGUAAAAGGAAACAAAAUGUUCCACUUGAAGAUUCUUCUUCUUCUAGUAUUGCUCAAAGUUUUAGUGACUUUGGGAUUGGUGAUUCUUCUCAAAAUAGUCAACAAUCUUAUCCGCCUAUUUAUCAAUAUCCUUAUUUCAACUCAUAUAACCAAUAUACAAGUGAUCAAGCUCCUUCCAACUACCAACAAGCAAUGAAUUACCAAGAUCCUUAUUAUGAACAAUCAAGUGGUGGAUUUUUUGGUUAUGUCUUUGGGCAAGGAACUACACAAGAUGAUAGCCAGAGUGAAAGUACAAGUAAUGCUCCUCCACGUCAUUCCACCAUGUGGUAAAAAGUAUCAUCGAAGACCAUAUAUUUAUAUGGAGACAAAUAUGAUGUUGCUUUUCAAAGUCAAAAUUGCAACUUAAUGCAUUUAUCUAUUUGUGAUGUAUUAAUUGUAGUAGUAUUUGCAUAAACAAUUAUGAAUGUUAUUUAUGUUAAUGUUUCUUCCAUUCGAGUCAAGGUUAUAUUAUUCAUAAAUAAGACACAAUGUCUUAAAAAUAAAUUAAAAUUGAUAUAGAAUUAUAAGUAAAAGAUAUAUAAGGAA